AUGUGUAACUUCACAGAGACAGAAAAUGGAACUGAGCUGAAUAUGAAGAACACGGGGUAUGCUCUGGUGUUCGGAUCUGUAACGAUCCUGGGUCUUCCUCUCAAUGUUGUGUCACUAUGGAUAUUGCUACGCCGCCACAGUCUGACAUCCCCCAAUGCUGUCUUCAUGGUUCACCUGGCAUUCUCAGACCUCCUGCUCGUCAUCUCCUUGCCCAUGCGGGCCUACUUUUACGCCACAGGCACCUGGCCACUGAGCCCAAUGGCGUGCAUCUGGAUCACAAUGCUCUUUCGCAACAACGUCCGCUCCAGCUCCAUCUUCAUCACCUUCAUCUGCGUGGACCGGCUGCUGGCUGUGGUUUAUCCUCUGAGGUCACGCCAUAUUCGAACCCCUUCCAACGCCUGGAAAUCUGCAGCGUUCGUUUGGCUCGUUGUUAUUGUGGUGAACAUCCCAGAGAGUGUGGGUCUUUCAAGAUUUCUAAAUCGCUACAAUGGAUCUGCCUGUUUUGAAUUUCGAUGUCAUAUGAGAUCACCACAGUCUUAUUUUCAGGCUGUGUUAGUGUCCAUCAUGCUGGCCAUCAAUGUUGUGUGCACCGCUCUGGUGUCUUGGACUCUGCAUAGACAACUCAGCGACUCUGUAAGAAUCAACAACAAGGUGAAUGUCAUGCUGAUUUUUGUCAUGAACUUGAUGAUGUUCGCUGUGUUUUUCUUGCCUGCCUCACUGGCGCUUCUCUUUGAAAGCUGGAGACCUGCUUUCACGGCACUGAUAUGUCUCGCUAGUGUGAACUGCUGUCUGGAUCCUCUGUUGUAUUACUUUUCCUUUGAUGGCUUCUGGAGGAGAAAAGAAGAAGUGGAUACCUCUCUUCCAAGACAACAGUUAAAUACCGUUCAAACAGAGUUUGCAUGAUGAGUGUACGUUGUGUGUGGAUGUGCACCAGAAAGAGCACAAGGUGAAAAACUGAAUAUGUUAUGUUAUGUAUGAAAAAAUGCCACUUUUGAAUUAGAACUUUUGCUUUUUAUUCAUCAUAAAGUUUUAGAGCUCAAAGAAAAACCACUGCAUUUUAUUUCUGUGAUGGGGCAGUGUUGGAUGAUGUGAAACAGAUUAAGGCUGCCGUCACAGUGCGACUGACUUUCAGUGGUUGUUUUUUUCCGUCCUUGACACAGAUGUGAUGUUUCUGAACUGUGAACAGCAAAACCUAUGCAUUUGCACAUGCAUGCAAUUGAAUCCCCGGGUAUCCUGGCAACUCGUGCUUAAUACACAUAUCAAAACUUGCCAGUGUUGCCGUGACUAUAAAUAAAUCAUAAACCUGUUAGAUGUGUGGCUGUUUGACUACAUGAGAUUUAAUAGGGGCGACAACACACAGCAAUGGUGAGAAAGGCAAAUAGCCAGCAGCGGUGGUAUUUUGGGUGCUGCCUCAGUACAGUCAAAGCGAAGGUACUGCUAAUAUUACUUCUACUACUUUUUGACACAUUAGUGCAGAUGCGUUGCAUCCGACACACAAAUUUAAAACUGGUCCAAAUUAAAGUCACCUUAAAUACACCUUGUUUGUUUUUUUGGUUGUUGUUACAAAGCACUUUGAGCUGCAUCUCUUGUAUAAAAAUGUAUUAUAGAAAUAAAGUUUAUUAUUCUUA